UGUACGGUAUUCGGUUAGCUAGCUUAGCAACCGUUUACGUUAGCUUUGUUUUGAUAGCCUGCGGAGAGCCCCUUGUUGCUGAUACUAGUUGGUUUAUCCUUUUAGCUAGUUGGAUGUGAGAAUGAUGUAAGCAGUUAAUAAACGCUAUGUUAGUGUAAGUCAUAGCAUUGUUUGUAUAUAAGACUACAUGUGUGAAAAUAUUCGUGUUACUGUUACGUUUGUGUGAUUGGUGCACUGGUAACGUUAACGUUAGUGUAACUUACAUAGGGCUAACAGAUGUUAGCUUCAUCAGAAUCAGUAUUUUUUUCCAGUGAUUUUUUUUUUAUUUGGCCACCUUUAUGUCUGUUUAAUUCUGCAGUGUGAAUGGCAUUGCAGUUUAUAGAAGGGCCAUGCAUAUUUAAACUGAAAUCUUGCAGUGAGAUAAGUCAGUAAAAGAGAAUUAUGUAAACGGGCAUGGGGCUGCAAGGUAGGGCUGAAUAAUUCAUCGAAGUAUUAUCGAAAUCGCAAUAUGGCCAAGUACAAUAUCCAAAUCGCAGGAGCUAAACAUUUUUUGAUAAAGGUAAAAUGUGUCACAACAUACCAUUAUAAAUGAAGCAUUGUGGUGCUACAGAGAUGCCUAGAAAUCAUAUUCUCCACAAGCGGUGCCAGUGAUGGCCUCCCCCAUGCCUGUCUCCGUCAUCCUGGUGGUUCUGCUGUUGGCUGAGUCGCCUGUGUGCCAGGCAGGGGACUGCAAGGGCCACAGGCAGGUGUUAAGGGGACCACCAGGCUACGUCACAGAUGGGCCAGGAAACUACUCUGUCAAUGGGAACUGCGAGUGGCUUAUCAAAGCUCCCAACAACAGUCACCGCAUUGUCUUAAAUUUCACCUUCAUGGACACAGAGUGUACCUAUGACUACCUGUUUGUGUAUGAUGGAGACUCCUACCAGAGCCCUCUUCUAGCCAGUCUGAGUGGGAACACUCUGCCUCAGCCUAUUGAAGCCAAGACUGGCAAGAUGCUGCUUCAUCUCUUCAGUGAUGCUAAUUAUAACCUCCUGGGCUUCAAUGCAACCUACACUUUCUCUUUGUGCCCUGGAGCCUGUGGCGGUCAUGGCCGCUGUGAUUCCUCUACAUUAAAGUGCCACUGCCAUCAGGGUUGGGGAGGAGCAGCUUGUACAACCCCUCUGUGCUCCCAGGCUUGUUCUGUGAAUGGCCAGUGUGACAAGAAAGGAGAGCGCUGUCUGUGUAACUCGGGCUUCCUGGGUCACAGCUGCCAGCUUGGUUUCCAUAAUGACAGUGGUGCAGGGCAGUGGUGGCGUGUGAGUGAGGAAAACCCCUACACGCCUCCCAGGACGGGUUCUGCUGGCGUGUACCUGUCCUCCACUGGAGCCAUGUACUUGUUUGGCGGGUUUGACCUGAACAGAGCUCUUGGUGACUUGAUCAAAUAUAACUUCACAUCCAACCAAUGGGAAAGCAGGUCUUAUGGUCACUCUCCUGUGGCUCGUCAUUCCCACACAGCAGUAGAGUGGAUGGGUAAUAUGGUUAUCUUUGGAGGAGAACUAGCCAAUGGCUCCUUGGCCGGUGAUGUCUGGAUGUAUCGGCCACUCCACGAUGACUGGCAACAACUUGGCUUUUCACAUUCACAAAGUGCUCCAAAACUGGCCAAUCACGCUGCAGCUGUAGUAGACAGUUAUCUCUAUGUAUUUGGAGGUCGCACUGAGGAGGAUAUGUUUUCCUCUUCUCUGUAUCGGUUCGGCCUGCAUGGCUCUGGACGGUGGGAGACUGUUCAACCCACCGGUGGGAAGCCCCCGGCCACUGCUGGACACUCCAUGGUGUUUCACAACCCAUCCAGGACACUGCUGGUCUAUGGAGGCCACAGGCCUACCACUGCCAGGUUUAGUGUGAGGGUGAACAACACCGACGUGUUCCACGUAGACAGGCGGUUUUGGACAUCGUUCCGUUCCCGUUUCCCUGCAACGGGCCCCAGAGAGAGAGCUUUCCACUCCGCCAACGUCAUUGGAAACUACAUGGUGGUCUACGGGGGUAAUGUACAUAUUCAUUACCAAGAGGAGAAAUGCUAUGAUGAGGAGAUCUUCUUUUACCAUCUGGGCUGUCACCAAUGGGUGUCUGCUGGGGAGAGAUGGUCACUCAGUGGGGAUGUUGUGAGGGGGCGUUACUCGCAUGUUGCUGCUGUGAUGGAGGGACGAGUGCUGCUUGUUGCUGGGGGUUACAGUGGUGUUGCCCGUGGAGACCUGGUGGCUUACAAAGUUCCACUGUUCGUCAGUAGCGAUCAAGGUGACAGGGACGCUGUUUGUGCUGAGGCGCUAGACGAAAGUAUGUGCCUUAAGAACCCAGAGUGCAGCUGGUGUGAAGGCCGCUGUCGAGAGUACCAGCCCACUAAUCCGUGUGGCAGUACUGGUUGCCUGGGCCUGGCUCGCUUCCUGUCUGAUUGCCAGUCGUGUCUGGUGUUCAGUGGCACUCCAGCUUCUCUGGCCCGUGCCCCUGGGGAAUUUGGCUGGUGUGUUCAAAAUGAGUCCUGCCUACCAGUGUCAGAGCGAAGUGCGUGCCGUGUGGACCAGAUCUCAGGGGCGUACGGCUGGUGGGGGGAGCGUACCCUUUUCCUAACCUCCCUCCACUCCUGUCGCACCGAGAACUAUGUCCCGGGACUGCACCUGCUCACCUUCCAGCACCCCCGCAACGACUCCCAGCCUGACAAGGUGUCCAUCCUUCGCAGCACCAACAUUAUCCUUAGCCCCACCACAGAAAUGGAUGUAGCUCUACAGUUCAGGGGCUUCAUUCACCCAUUGUGGGGGGCCCCUCCACCUGCACCCGCUCCCACUGAGACGGUCUCCAUGUGGGCUCGCAUCCAGAGGCUCCACUUUGAGGCUCGAAUGGCAUCAGGGCCCAACUCUAGCCAACUGGAGGUGGUGGGUCGUUGGGCAGCCCAGCAGGAGAAGGAGUUGAAGCUGCUGGCUCGCACUGAUGGAAGUAGACUGUUCUCUAACCUGACCAGGGGCAACCAUUACCUUGUUCAGGCUGAGGGCUACCUUAACAACUCAGGCUCAGGACAGACCAGUGAGAUGGCCCUGAUAUGGAACAGAACAUUGCCUGGAGGGAGUGAGAUCUCCUUCCUGUUCUUGGAGCCUUACCGCUCAGGUUCCUGCUCAGGGUACAUGUCCUGUCUGGCCUGUCUGUCUGAUCAGUCUUGCGGCUGGUGUCCGUCUUUGUCCCGCUGCCUGCCGCGGGACAGCCCAGACCUCCAGCCCUGCCCUGAGGGAGAGAAGGGGGAAGGCAAGAUAGAAGGUCAGCGCCAUCUGCUGUUGGCACCCCAGCACUGCACCCUGUGUGAAGAGUACAGAGACUGCUCCGCUUGUACUCAGGACCCUUAUUGCGAGUGGCAGAUAAACUCCAGCAAGAAAGGCGACUACCUGUGCAGUCGACGUGGAAGACUAGAUGGUUCCAUACGUGAUCCAAGGGGGUGUCCUAAAGUCUGCAACCAGAGAAAGACGUGUGCUGAGUGUCUCUCUAACUCCAGCCAGUGUGCAUGGUGUGAGUCAGCCCAGGCGUGCUUCUAUUUUGCUGCCUACCUCACAAAAUACCCCUAUGGAGAGUGCAGGGACUGGUACGACAGUGUUCAUUCAGUUCCCCAGUGUAAGCAAUGUUCAGCUUUAAACACGUGCACAGACUGCCUGCGGACAUUCCAGUGUGGCUGGUGUGGUGAUUACAACAAUCCGACAAUUGGAAAAUGUUUGAAGGGAGACUGGGCAGGAAUGGACGACCCCUUGGUGUAUAACUGCAGUGUGGCUGUGGCUGAAGCACGGGCUGCAAACCCUGAGCCCCAGACCUCGGCCCCGCCUCGACCCCUGGAAAUGGAGAUGGAGCUGGAGCACUUGGAUGACGAAGAGCAAGAUGCGAUCUGGUCCUACCCCACCUGCCCUGAUGUUGAGGAAUGCAGGCUGGGUCUCCACAACUGUCACCCCUUUGCCACCUGCAUCAACACUCCCACCUCCUAUGAGUGCCACUGUGAGAGAGGAUACACAGGGGAUGGCACACUGCACUGCAACCAGACUUGCUACAAUGAGUGUCGUGAGGGCCAAUGUAGUGGCAGCCCACGGUUUGAGUGUGAAUGCUCUCUUGGUUGGACGUCUGACCCCGCUACUCUGGUUCUCAGUGGUGUUGAAUGUGAUGUGGACUGUGGCUGCAACUUCCAUUCCACCUGUAUUACUGCACCAGGGAUCUGUGACGAAUGCCAGGAUUGGACUACAGGGCCCCACUGUGAGCACUGCCGUCCAGGUAGCUUUGGUUCAGCCCUGGCUGGUGGCGGCGGCUGUGUGCCAUGUGAGUGUAACGGCCAUGGCGACCCUCUGCAAGGAUACUGUCACAACCAGACAGGCCAGUGCUACUGCACCCACAACACUCAAGGACCACACUGUGAGUCCUGUCUGCCUGGUUACUAUGGAGAUCCAAGGAACAAUGGCACAUGCUACCGCCAGUGCCAGGGCCGUUCUGUGCUGCUCACCUCCACCUCCUCCCCUGCCAUGCCUCUCUCCUCUUCUCUGGGAUGGCGAAGUGGCACAGCGGGGAAAGGAGGACUUUCUCAUUGCUUGUGGGUCCUGUCUGUGACUGAGAAUCUGGCUCCUUGUCUGCCCAGACAGCUGUGUCCCCCUGUAGCCCUCACUCUACACCCAGACUCCCAUACGCAUUGUAAAAGCUCCUUUGUCUAUGUGUUUGAUGGCCUUCCUCGUUUCCUGGGCAAUGGAGUUGUACAUUCAGAUCACAACCUGAUUGGGGCAUUUUGUGGCACCACAAGGACUCGGCCUAUCACUGUGGAGGCCACCUCAGGUGUGAUCUCAGUCUACUUUGAGGCCAACGUCUCCUCAAACAAACCUCAAGGCUUCAAUGCAUCUUACUGGGUGCGUCGGUGUCACCAGAGCUCUGAUGAGGGUGAAGAGGGGUCACCUAUGUGUCCAGGUGGAGCCCAGUGCCAAGGGGGGCUCUGUCAGUGCCCUCGGGGAUAUGGUGGACCCCACUGUGACCGGCCCAUGUGCCCUCAGGAUUGUGGAAUAGCAGAAGGAAGAGGAGCUUGCAAUAUAUCUCUGGGAGUGUGUGUAUGCUCAGACAGCUGGGCCGGCUCAGACUGCUCUGUUCCUCGGGACUCCAACAGCCUGAUCUGGGAAACACUGCUUGACACACAACUGACAGUGAACCAGGCCCACAGGUUCCUCCACAGGAUGGGCCACUCUCUGGUGUGUGGACCACAGGGCAACCUCUGGAUGUAUGGGGGGCUGUCUCUGUCAGAGGGUAUUCUAGGAAAUGUCUACAGAUAUUCUGUAUCAGAGCACCGUUGGACCCAAAUGUUAACUAGCUCUGUGGAAGAAGGCUCAACCCCUAUCCCUCGCUAUCACCACGCCUCUGCACUGCUGACCAGUCAUGAUUCUGGCUCUGGAAGCCACAACUUCAUGUUGGUGGUGGGUGGUGUCACUCAAAACGGUGUUGCCAUGGAUACCUGGAGUCUUAAUCUCAGCAGUUUAGUCUGGAGAGAACACAAGAGCUCAGUGCUGCCCCCGGUGGCGGGCCACACUUUAACUGCACGCCGAGACUCCUCUGUGCUGUUGAUUGGAGGUUACUCUUCAGAGAACGGCUUCAACCAUCAUCUGCUGGAAUUCAGCCCUCAUUCUGGAAACUGGACUAUUUCCCCCCACACUGGCACACCACCUACAGGUUUAUAUGGCCACUCAGCAGUCUACCAUGAGCAGACUGAUGCCAUCUAUGUCUUUGGAGGCUACCGCUUCCAUGUUGAGACUGUGGAGCCCUCAGGCGAGCUCUACAGUCUGUACUACCCCAACCUUACCUGGUCUCUGCUAGUCCCCUCACAGGGUAAUAAGCCCCUGUCCCGUUUCUUCCAUGCUGCAGCCCUGAUCAAAGACACCAUGGUCAUUGUCGGGGGAAGGACAGAAGCAGAAGACUACAGUAACUCAGUGUCUCUGUACCAGAUCAACUGUAACACCUGGAUACAACCAGUCUCAGCUGUAGGAGAUCCAGUAAAUCGUUCAGUGUCUCUUGCCAUGACGAGCUGGGGUGGCCGUCUCUACCUGUCAGGAGGCUUCAAUGGUGUCACGCUGGGCAGACUCCUAACCCUGUCUGUGCCCUCUGACCCCUGUGCCCUGCUGCCCACACCAGAGGCCUGCAACGCCACCACAGGCAGCUGCGUCUGGUGUAGGGGAACCUGUGCUUCUUCUGAUACUGCUGAGAGAAUGGGCUGCUUCACUGGCCAGUCUCCUUGUUCCCCGACCCCUCGCCAGUCAGACCAGUGUCGCAGGCUGAAGACCUGCAGUGAAUGUCUCGCACAACACCCUAAAACAUUCUCCAGUCCAUCACAGCCUGCUCUACAGUGUAAGUGGUGCACAAACUGUCCAGAGGGGGCCUGUAUCAGCAGUUCUGUUAGCUGUACAUCUGAACAUGACUGUCGGAUCAACCAGAGAGAGAUCUUCCUGUCCAGCAACUGCACUGAGACCAGCUGUGAGGCUUCAGACUGCCCCAAGUGCACUGCUUCCGGAAAAUGCAUGUGGACUCGCCAAUUCAAACGCACAGGUGAGACAAGGCGCAUCCUGAGUGUGAACCCGACCUAUGACUGGACGUGUUUCAGCUAUGCCCUGCUCAAUGUCUCACCCAUGCAGGUGGAGUCUUCUCCCCCUCUGCCAUGCCCUCCACCCUGCCACAGUCUCCAUAACUGCAGCCUCUGUCUGGGCUCCAGAGGCUCUGAUGGGGGCUGGCAGCACUGUGUGUGGAGCAUGGCUCUGCAGCAGUGCAUGAGCCCGUCUUUUGUGCCCCUGCGAUGUGAGGCGGGUCAGUGUGGUCGCCUGCUCUCUGGGGGGGACUCUUGUUCUCCACAGUGCUCCCAGCUCACCCAGUGCUCCCAGUGCAUUGCCAGGCCUCAGUGUGGUUGGUGUGCUACUCGAGGUGGCAAUGGGGCUGGACACUGCCUGCAAGGAGGACUUGAUGGUGUGAGUGAGGGUGUUUGCCACCUGAGAAACAGCAGCUGGUCCUUCCUCCACUGUCCAGAGGAGGAUGAGUGUGCUAACGGUCAUCACCACUGCAACAGCACCCAGGACUGCCACGACCUACCCCAGGGAUAUCACUGCACCUGCAAACAGGGUUACAUACUCAGCAGUGUAUCUGGUCAGUGUGAACCAGUGUGUGCACAAGGCUGUGUGAACGGGACGUGCAUGUCCCCAGGAGUUUGCCAGUGUCACUUUGGAUUUGUAGGGGAUAACUGUUCCUCUCAGUGCAGCUGCAACAAACACAGCAACUGUGCUGGUGUUACCAAACCAGAUGUUUGCCUUGAGUGCCAAAAUAACACCAUAGGUAAGCACUGUGAGAAGUGUAAGCCUCUGUUUGUGGGCUCUGCCAAGGGGGGCGGCACUUGUCGUCCAUGUCUGGAGUUCUGCGGGGGAAACAGUGCUGUGUGUUUAUCCCGAGAUGAACAUAAGAAGGCCCUUGAGAACCCAUGGCUCUCCCCUCUGGACCUCAACAGCAUUCAGAACUGGGUGUCUGAGGGUCCCACAGAAGAGAAUGCUGUGUGUGUGAAUUGCCAGAACAACAGCGUGGGGGACAAGUGUGAGAGCUGCCUCAGUGGCUUCUUCCUUCUGCAGGGAAAGUGUGACAAGUGUCAGUGUAAUGGCCAUGCAGACACAUGUAAUGAACACGAUGGUACAGGUUGCCCCUGCCAAAACAACACAGAGACCUCCUCCUGUCUCAGCAGCCCUCAGAGUGACCGGAAAGACUGCUACAGGCAACAGUGUGCCAAGUGCAAAGACUCCUUCAAUGGCACACCAGUAAAUGGGCGUCAGUGCUACCGUCAGUUCAACGUGGACACCGAGUGCUGCUUUGACCCCACGUCCCAGACCAAUUGCUUCCAUGAUCCCACCAUUCGCAACCUGCCCAAGGGGCGCACUGUGUUUUUCGCUGCGCAGCCAAAGUUCACCAAUGUGGACAUUCGGGUCACCAUUGAUGUUACCUUUGGUGAGGUGGAGGUGUAUGUGUCCAACUCACAUGACACCUUCAUUGUGGACGUGGACCGGUAUACAGGGAUUCACACCAUCAAGAUCGAGGAGGAAUCAGUGACUCGGGGGACAACGACUGGUGUAGAUAAGGAUUCACCUCCAUCCCCUAUAAAGGUGUUUGGCAAUGCCUCAUCCAGUCUCGGGGGUCCUGUGCUCUCCCACAACCCACUGCAGCUGCAAGCAAAAUCCCCAGGGGGAGAGAGAGAAAUUAGGGAGGAGCGGGCUGAAGGACUCAUCAGCUAUAUCACUGUGUGGAAACCACAGACCGUGCUGAUUGUCCAUGGUGUUAGAGAUCGUGUGGUCAUCACCUUCCCCCAUGAGGUGCACUCCCUGAAAUCCAGCCGCUUCUACAUCGCUCUGAGAGGUGUGGGAACUGAAAGGAGACAUGGAGAGUCCCAGGGCCUGCUGUUUCUGCGACAGGACCAAGCCCACAUUGAUCUUUUUGUCUUCUUCUCUGUAUUCUUCUCCUGCUUUUUCCUCUUCCUGUCUGUCUGCGUCCUCCUCUGGAAGGUUAAGCAGUUUCUGGACUUCCGUCGGGAGCAGCGUCGCCACAUCCAGGAGAUGACCAAGAUGGCAUCAAGGCCCUUUGCUAAACUCACCAUAUACCUUGAGCCAGAGGAGCCUCAGCUCAUCUACCUGCCUUCAGCUGGUGGAGGGGUGGGGGGCAGCACUGUAUCGCUUGCUCAUGCCCGCACGAGCAAGUUAGGAGGUGUGGUGGUGGGGCAGAGGGGCAGGGCAGGAGCUGUCUCCUACAAACAUGACCCGGGCUCCGGACCCACAGCCCACCACCAUCACCUCACCCUGGGUGGAGGGGGCAACGGCGGCCAGCACCUGCCGCUGCACUACUUGAACACCCACCACUAUGCCAGCACCACAGCUGGCACCCCAGCCUCACACCAUCACCACCCAUCCACGUAUAGUGGCUACCAACACUUUUGCCGCUCCGACCCCUUCCUCUCUCAGCUCAUGGGCUUUUCCUAUUCCACCUUUAAGGUAGGGCCCAUCACCCUUGAGCCCACAGAUGACGGCAUGGCUGGGGUGGCCACUGUCCUCUUCCAGCUGCCUGGGGGUGUCUUGGCUCCAAAUCGUGCCUGUCUUGGCUCUGCUUUGGUUACUUUGCGUCAGAACCUGCAAGAAUACUGUGGCCAUGGCAGCGGAGGGGGUCACCCAGGGGCGGGAGCAGGGCGCAAGGGGCUGCUAGGGCAUCAGCACCUGACCACUAUGGCUAUGUAGGGAAGCAAAGAUAUAAAUUAAAUAGGACAGGGAUAAAAGAGAUGGGAUAAAUCUGUAAAGUGUUUGAUAUAUAAUAAAUUAAUUUUUUGAAAGAAACAGCCGCAAGGCAAAGACAAAGUCCAAAAGAAGAGUUAUGACAGAGUCCGUUAACGUGGAGCAUUUUGAACAGAGUUGUACAUACACUGUAUAAUGAAUUAAGUGUCUUUUAUUGUAUUAUGUAUGGCUAUACUGUAUUUCAGUGCUUCACAUGACCAAGCCAGCUGUCUCUAGAAUACACUACAAUUGCUAUACGUAUCAACAAAACAAUGUUGCAUCCUGUCUGUGAUCACUAAAGAGGUAUCGGCACACUCGACAGUCAGUCUCAUACAAAAACUGAAGCUGGACUGUUGUUAAAAUUCUUCUCAUUGACCAACAGAGGUGUUCAGAAAAUACAUCCGCUCUCUUUGCAACCAACAUGUGCUUUAUAAAGUGACAAUCAAAAUUGCCAUUGAGAACAAAAGACUUUUAAAUUGGUUCAGCAUAAUGUGCAAGAUUUUGAUUGUCAGCUCAGCGCAAGAAAAAAAGUCAAAGUUGCUUGUGAGAUGGUUUUUAUAUCAUAGUCGAUAUGAGUGAUUUAUAAUUGUAGCUCAAUAUAUGACAGGCUUCUAAGCUACAUGUUUAUGUUAAACAGACUCCUUAGAAUGUUUUUGCAUAUUCAUUCACCUGUUCUGUUACAUUGUUAUUUGUUUUUCUGCUCAUCUGCCUUCACUUCUUGCCUUGUCUGUGUUGACUCAAGACAGACCUGGCUUAGACUUAAUACUUGUGUUUAUGGAAAUGUGGGGUGCAACUCCUGGAGAACAUAAUAACAAUAACAUAUUUUACUUUUUAUUUCAUGAAGUGUUUUUUUUUAAAAGAAGGAUAAUGUUUUCAAUAUUAGUUCCUGACACAAUAAUAAUGUAAAACAUAACAGAACUCAUCGAUAAAAAUUAAGAAAUUAUGUGACCUUUUGAAAUAUUUCAUUACGUUUUGUUGACAUGAAAUGUAUGUUGGUGUUUGGCUAGUUUUGCUGGACUGCUUUUUUCAGGCAACUUGCCUGCUUAGAUGAUUGUAUUAGCCAAUCAUAGCUACAAUUUGAUCAAAAAAAUUGGAUGUGGAAGAAAGUACAGUAUGAAAAAUGUUACUCUAUUGAAAUGACAAUGAUAAUGGAAAGAGUUGCAUUUGAAAGUUCUCCUGGUGAGAGAUUUUGGGAAGACGUGACAGCAUUUUUAUUUGCAAUGAAACUUACUUGUUCACUGGUUGGUGGUGACGUUAGUAUUUUUUGUUUUCCGUUUUGCACUGCAUGGAGGCAAUGAGCCCCAUUUUUCAUGUGAAACACUAAGACGGGAUGUUGUCCAGCCACAGAAUGGUGCUACUGGCUUAUCAAAUGAACAAAAUCAUGAGAGCUUUUGUCAUGAACUGAAUACUCGCAGCAUAGUUAAGCAAACUAAAGCUCAAAUGAAUACUGUCACUAUUUAUAGCAGCCCUCCACAAAUAAGCAUUAUUUACAGUUUUUUGUAUUGUAUCUUUGUGUAUGUUUUUUUUAAACAUACUUUAUUUUUGUAUAUAACUUGUGUUGUGUUUGGUUUUUGUUUUCAAAGAAGGGAACAGUGUUGUACAGAAGAUUGCGUCAAGAUUCUCUGUCCUGAGUCAGCUGAAAUAAAGUCUGUGGAACAUGA